UCCCUUCAACAAUGGCCAACGUAGUGGAACUGAAAGUGGGUUUACAUUGUGACGAGUGCAUCAAGAAAAUCCUCAAGGCCAUCAAGAAAAUAGAGGAUAUUGAAACAUACAAUGUAGAUACUAAGCUGAACAAUAUUAUCGUCACGGGAAAUGUUACCAACGAUGGCAUCCGAGUUCUUCAAAUAAUUGGCGAACAAGCUACCACUUGGGGAUGUGAUUAAUUAACAACAUACAUUAUUAUUAUUAUUAUUAUUUUGUUUUGCUUCAAUUUCGAUGUAAUAUCUGGAAUAACCAAAUCAUAUUAUACCCAAGUAUUUUUUGUCAUUAGUUCCUUUUU